UUAGAGUACAUGAACGCAACACUCGCGACACUCGAACAUCCGGGACACUGAGCGGUUUCACAUGUCUGUUGGUUCAGCUGUCAACCAGACUGCUGCAUGUGAAGGAAGCUUCCAUUGAUAAUUUAAAAGACAGCGGUUUCUAUCAGAAUAAAUGGCGCUGAUAGGGAUUCAGCUGGUGGUCAGCUUGCUGGCUGCUAGCAUCAUGCAGAAGAUGGCUCCACAUUUCUCAUUUGCACGCUGGCUCCUCUGCAAUGGCAGUUUGUUCCGGUUCAAACACCCAUCAGAAGGGGAGCUGUGUGCACUGGCAGGGAAGCAGAUGCCCAAACCAAACAGGAGAGACAGGAGACAGAACGGGGAGAACAAACCUCUUACUGUUCCUAAAGAUAUCGAUCUCCAACUGCAAACAGCUCCUGUCAAUGUCAUUGAUGCUCUUGUGCUGCGUUUCUUCCUGGAGUACCAGUGGCUGGUUGACUUUGCGGUCUAUGCAUCUGGUGUCUUCCUUUUCACUGAGUGUUACUACGCUGCGGUAGACGCCUCCAAAGAAGUCAACAUUGGGGCCAUUUGGUGUGUUUUGACCGUGCUCUUUAGUCUAAAGACCCUUCACACCCUGAUGAGCCACUAUUUCCGCUCCGAAGAAGGCGGUGAGCGGUCGGUGUGCCUCGCCUUUGGCUUUUUGUCUCUGCUCGUUGCCAUGCUGGUGCUGGUGGUGAGAGAAGACUACCUAGAGUUUGGCCUGGAGCCUGGCUUUUCCAGCCUUUUUGAUAAUUUGGAGAUCUUCGCAAGACAACAGGGUUACGCCGACUGGUCAAUCCCAGUCACUAAGCUGACGGUUAAGCUCGGUCUUGCUGCAGUCUGCGCAUACAUCGGCGCUCUAUUGGUCUUCCCUGGACUGCGACUGGCUCAGACUCAUUUGGACGCCGUAGAGAUGAACUCAGAUCGACCACUGGUUCAGAUUUUGCUGCACAUGAGUUUCCUGUCUCCAGUCUUUAUGGUGCUUCUUUGGGUGAAACCUAUUGCAAGAGACUUCCUGGCCAAUGCACCAAUGGGGAAGACCUCUAUCACAAUAGUUCCCAGUGCAGUGUUCGACAGCAUGCGGCUGUGGAUCAUUGUGGUGCUCUGCUUACUGCGUUUAGCACUGACCCGUUACCACCUGCAGGCCUACCUUAACCUGGCUCCGAAGUGGGUGGAGCAGAUGAAGAAGGAAGCUGGACGAAUCGCCGCCAUCGACAUUCAGAGGAAGGUCACACGUAUAUUUUGCUAUUUGACGGUAGUCACUCUCCAGUAUCUGGUACCGAUUAUGCUCAUCCUCUUCUCCACACUGUCACUCAAGGCACUGGGUGACUUCUCUUGGGGACUGGGUGCAGUAGAAACCCCAGGGGUCACUCCGGCUCUGGUGCUGCCCACUCCUGCACCUGUGCUGCCUGGCAUAGUUGAUGAAGACGAGGACGGGGUUGAGGACAUGGAGGAAGACAUCCAGGCCACAGUAGCUCACCUGACGGCCACAUUAGCAGCCCUACGUGCCGUAUUCACUCCUCUGUUCUUCAAAGGCUUCUUCACUUUCCUCACCUGGUGGGUGGCUGCCUGUCAGGUCAUCAGCUCCCUGUUAGGCAUGUAUUUCCAUCAGUAUCUUAUGCAGAACUAACUGAGGGGAGCAGAGAACCGUGCUGCUCACACACGCGUACCUGCAGUACAGCUGGAGCUCCUGGUUCCAGAGGGUUCACGCUGCAGGGAAUUGCAGGACAAUUCCAGACAGAUUGUAUCACGUUUCUGGUUGUAGCAAAAUCAACCACGGUUAUUUGGACAGAGUGAAGGUGGACACUGUUGGUUUGGACACUGGCUCCCUUCAUCACCUCGUCUUUUUUAUGAGCAGGAUACAGGUAUCAAACAAAGACUGACUGAUCAAGUUUAUAAUAUCCUGUUGCAGUAUGACCUUUGGUUCCCAGCUCUUGUAAUAUCAGGAUUGUAGAGGACUUGAUUUAAAACUGUAAAAUGCCUUAAAGCUGACCGGUCAACUUAGCUCAUCUGUAGUUGCACUGCACAGAAUUAGGGUUACUUGGAUUUUGCAUGCUACAUGCUAUUGAGUAUUGAAUUGAGCCAUGCCUAAUUUAUACACAUUAAAAAAUGCCACAAAACCGUCCACGAUGGCUGAGAAAUAUUUGAUGUUGAGAAUGAGCAUCAGUUUUUAACGUUCACUUUGAAGGGUUUUUUGGUUUGUUUAAGGUGGAAACAUCUCCUUCCUCCUGACGUACAGUACUCAGUACGUUUAACUCAGGUGAUGAUCAUAUUCACUGCAGUUCAGCCAUAACGAUGACUCCCAUUAAAGACUGUCUGUUUAAUGAGUACCAACUCAUCCUCAUUGUAACAACACAACCGUGCCAACUUCGCAGUGCUGCGUAACUCUACCGUCUGGAGUAUUAGUAAUCCUCACUGUGUUUUGUUGAGGGUCUUUUGUAAAUUCCUCUGUUGGAACUGAUUGACAUCUGAACAUUAUUUCUCUUUAUUUUUUCAAGUGAUUAAUAUUAACAUAUGUCGUGAAAAACAGUUUUCAGUAGAUUUCAAACACACUAAGACACAUGUCCAGACUGUGUGAAGCUAUAUAUUUGUAAACACUUAACUAGUUUCCUAUAGUGCCUCUGUCCUCCCUGUUAAAGAUGAGAGAGUUUCACACUUGUCUCUCACCACAUUUCUAAUCUGCUGAAGAAACAUGUAGAUUGUUGCCAUCAUCGUCUACUUCUACCCAUCUGUCCAUUUUACUUGAAAUAACUUUCAACUCUGUGCGUUUUCCCCGUUAUUUAUAUGCACUGCUGAAUUUUGAGGCAUGUUUUUAGUUUUACUGUUACUUUUUGUAAAUCUUUGACUCCGGCGUCACGGCCCUGUGAGGUUCAUUAUAAUGUGAUUUUUGUUUUAGUUUUUUUUUGAAUGCAUGGUGUGAAGACUUGCAGUGAACCAACUCGGUUUUUAUCUGGUUUAAUAAAAACAAAAAACACAAACAUGAUUAUUUUUCUAUGACUGCGCCUUGGAACCCAGCAGAUCUCUGUGUGAGUGUUGGUGACCAUGUGUUUACACGACCCAGACGUGCUCUAUAGACUGAGUCUGGCCUUUUCCCCUGGGAGCAGACCAGACAUGACCCCAGAGAGAGGCUCUUCUCGUUUAGGGAGGAGGGAUGACAAAGGACCGCAGUCUGACUUUGGUGUGGGUAAAAAGAAAAAAAAAUAGUAUAGGAGGGAAAAAAACAGCAAGAUUGUUGGUGUGCUAGCCUGCUAUGCUAACAAGGGAAUGUGUGUGUCUACAAAGAGGUGAAUAUGAUGAAACAAAUCCACACCAAAGAUACCUUUUCUGGAUGGAGGUUAUACAUCAAAGAAGAAAAGAGUAUAUAGCAGUGAUCAACUGGUGGACUGGGGGCCGAAUCUGGCCCACGACUUUAUACCAAAAUUGUGAGAAUGUGGUCCCCACUAAUAAAACAACUGAAAACAACAACUAAGGCUUGAAUAACUAUCAACGAUCACCUUCAUUUAUAACUAUUCACAUCCUAAAAUGAGGCAAGUUCGGAGGCAAGGUCACAAAAAUGUGAUUUUUAUUUCAUUUUUUUGAGUGUCCGGCCCCCAGGGUGUCUGUCCAGACAAAUUCUGGCCCUCCGACAAAUAUAACUGGCGACCCCCGUGUUACAGUAGGAUCUCUUUUGAGAAGAAACAUGAAAAAAAACGAAACAUCUCAUCGGAGUAAACAUACAAAUCAUCUCUAUUUAAAAACAAUCACGCGAAGCACAAAAUAAAACAGGUCCCUGUACUGCUAAAGAAGCGUUCACUAAGCAACAUAUCCCAAAUCGGAUGGUUUAUUUUCAUGCUCAUAUUUAUCUUAAUGACAGUGUUUAAAUAAAGACAACACUGGCCAAAUGUUUUCCAUGACGAUCCUCAGAUAAAACUAAUAAAA